AUUAAAUAUGAAAUUCACUGGGAAUAACGUCUACUUGUUACUUUUAAGCAUCAUUCUCUUCGAACGUGGAACUGUGGACGGUUCAAAUACUACUACACAAAAUGUAACUGCUAGUUUAACAAACAUAGUUUUCAAAUGCCAAAUUAAAGAUCAAUACUGCAAAACGGUUACGAAUAAUCAAUUAGAUAAAACCGAACUAACUACAUUAUGGAGAGUACUUCACGAGAUACAAAAAAUUCUAACCGGUUUCCAUUGCUAUCAAGCAGCUUAGCUUAAAGUUAUCUGGUUGGUUUAUAAAAAUAUUGUUGCAACACACUUUUGUAGCAUAUUUUGGGAAAAAAGAAAACGAUUUUUGAAAUGAUAUAAAUAUACUUUUUUUAGUGCUAACCGUCAAUAUAUUUGAUGUUGUAAGCAGUUUCGAUCUGAUGAUAGUAAAACUGGUCAUUGAUGUUUAUUGUAAAUUUGCGUUGCUCUGAAAUGG